CACAAUUUUGCAGGUCGAAGUUAUCUCAACAAGCGCAGAUGCCCGCUGUUAACCAAAACCGUGGGCGAUCUUUCCUAAACAUCUACCAGGACGCAUGGCAUAGCCUACUAAAGAUGAGAGACAGGUUCACUAUUAUCCCACAAUGGCAAUUGUGGGACAGUAUCUUGCAUCAUUAUACAUGAAUGUCCCUGUGACUACAUAUAUAGGGCUGGCGCCGGUUUUCAUAUCAGCUCGUUCGUUAGUGCUUAAAUAAGUUUACGAGCUCUUACUAGUCCCAUCCAUAUGUACGUAUAUAGGUAUGUAGCUAGUCCAUUUAUAACACUCCAUAUCAGCACCACUUUCGGCCACCUUUCUUCCUCAACAACAUUCACACUCGCAAGCGCCAUAAUGCCUCUUGAACUUCACAAGUUAAGUUCCGACGAGGAAUUUCCCGCGUUGGUUGAUGGUCUAUGGAGGGGCUAUGCCGAACCUUUCAACGGUUUCUGGGAAAUCCUCAAGGGCCCAACGCAAGAAGAAUGUACUGAACGCUACAAGUCAUGGCACAAAGCUGAUCCCACUAGCCACUGGCUAUAUGUCACCGACUCUGAAACGAAGAAGGUCGUCGGUGCGAUGCAAUGGAAUGUUUUUGAGACCAACCCGUACAUCAAUGGUCCUCCAUCGCUUCCAGCCUACUGGUGGCCUGAGGGUCCCCUGAAGGAAAUCUCAGAGCAAUUGUUCGCUGCCUUCUUUGCGGGCAGACCCAGCAAGUGUGGCCAGCCGCAUGUUCUGAUCAGCUAUUGUUUCACUGAUCCCAAGUACCGGCAUAAAGGUGUCGCAAGUCUGGCCAUGGAGUGGGGAAUCCACAAGAGCGAAGAACUUGACCUGGAUGCAUUCGUUGAGUCGACCGAAGAUGGCCGCGGCUUCUACGAAGCGCAUGGAUUCGAAGUUCUGGAUGAAUUGCACUUGGAUGCUGGCGUGGAUAGUCCAAGUGCAGAAUUCACUCAAAGAAGAAGGGAGCUUCAAUUACCACUCCAUGGGUUCUUCAUGAAAAGACGUUGUGGUGCAAACAAGUCUGCGUAGGGAGUCCGAUAUUAGAACGCAGAGAUCUAAAUACCGAGCAAUUCAUUACACCUAAAUCUAAGUUGU